AUGCACGCCAAUGGCGACACUGAAAUAAACUUCAAUAGGAUUCGGUCCAAAGCCGUGCUGAAACAAGUCACUCAGAUGAUCAAUGAAGUGACAAAUAUAACAGAGACGUUUCCAUUGGCACAAGGACAAACCGCAGAAGGACUCGUUGAUACAGUUGAUGCGGCUCUUGUGAAUUUUCUUGAAAGCGGACAUUUUGUUGUUUCAAAAUGCCCAAUCGCCAAUAAAGACCCCCGUUCCAUCGAGGCAUUGCGAGAAGCUCUCCGAUUUGUGCAAGAUAAAGGUCAAAUCAUGGUGCAACGAAGCAGAGAUUUUGUUAGAGAUUCAACGUCCACGGAAAAACGGAAAGUUGCAACUUUAUCAGGAAGAAGUCUGCUUGUUGCCGUUGCCGAGUUCCUGAUUCUCGCUGAUUCGAUCGAUGUGAAAACAAUUGUUGAUAAAGUCGAUGAGCUUCGUGAUACAGUACACAGAAUGCUCGAAGCUGAUUCCAAAAUUGAAGUAGAUGAGCAAUACAAAAUUCUCGUCUCUUUAAUUGAAGAACUCGACAUUACUGUUCGGCGGAGAGCAGUUGAUUUGGUGAAACCAAAUCAGCGAGAUGAUUUAUUGGCUGCUCGAUCUGCCCUUCGCCAGAUUGCUCCACUAUUGUUUACAUCUCAAAGAACUUUCGUACGGCAUCCAGAACACGAAGAAGCUCAGAAAAAUCGAGCUUACACUGCGAAAGAAAUGAACUCGGCAUUGAAUGCUCUAGAAGCUGUUCUCAACGGACAACAACCUGAAAUCAUAUUCUCAGAGUAUGGAAGAAUUGGAGAUUUGAUCGACAAAAUUGAAACGUUCCAAAAUAAAAUCGAAUUGGAAAGGCCAGGAGACUAUAAAGGACAUCUGACACGUCGAGAGCUGGAAGGACUUGUGGAAGAAAUCGUUAGCGGAUCUGCAUCGAUCGCUGAUUCUGGAAGUACUCGUGACACACGAAAACAGAAGAUCGUCGACGAAUGCAACAAUUUGAGACAAGCACUUCAAGACUUGUUAUCCGAGUACGAGAAAUCUGUUGGACAGAGGCAAUUCACGGAUGAUAUACCUCUUGGAAUCGCUCAAGUUCACAAAAGAACAAAAGAUCUUCGACGACACCUUCGCCGUGCAAUUGUGGAUCAUAUCAGUGAUGCUUUCCUCGACACCCGAACUCCUUUAAUUCUACUAAUCGAGUCCGCGAAAGAAGGUCAUGAAGAGAACACAAAGUAUCGCGCACAAAUGUUCCAAGAGCAUGCCAACGAGAUCGUAGAAGUCGCCCGGUUUUCUUGUCAACUUUCUGCUGAUAAGGAGGGAAUCAGUGUGAUUCAACUUACGGCUUCUCAACUUGAACGACUCGCUCCGCAAGUUUCACAAUCAGCUCUAUUGCUGUGCGCCGAGCCAUCUUCGAAACAAGCUCAAGAAAAUAUGGAAUCUUAUAAAAAUAUGUGGUUCGAGAAAGUUGGUCUCCUCACGACUGCGCUGGACAACAUCACAACUUUGGACGAUUUUCUCGCUGUCAGUGAGGCUCAUAUUGUUGAAGACUGUGAGAGAGGAAUAAAGGGUAUUCUGGAAAACGCCUCAACACCGGAAGAUAAUGCAGCCAAUUGUGGAGUCGUAGAUUGCGCGGCUGGAUCGAUUCGUGGACGAGCACUCAGAGUCUGCGAUGUUGUGGACGCAGAAAUGGAUUUCCUUCGAAAUUCGGAAUACACAGAAACCGUCAAACAAGCCGUUAAAAUUCUCCGUACUCAACGAGUGGAUGAGUUCGCAGAACGUGCCAGCAAUUUGGCUUAUCGGCAAGAAGCGACCGGUCUCACUUGGGAUGCCGAUCAGAAGGAUAAUGAAAUGAAUGAAUUUAUAAACGCAUGCACUUUGGUACACGACGCUGUGAAGGAUAUUCGACAUGCUCUUCUGAUGAAUCGUAGCAUGAACGAUGUUGAUUCUGAUGUAGAAUACGAGGUUGAAGGUACGAAUGCUGGAAAUUCAGACGCCAACCGAACGAUACCAGAACAAGAAAAUCAGCAAAAUUUGAUGAGACGUUUACCAGAGGAAGAGAAACAGAAGAUCCAGGCUCAAAUCGACAUCUUCAGAGUCACACAAAAUCGGUUCGAGAGAGAAGUUGCAAAGUGGGAUGAAACUGGAAAUGAUAUUAUAACACUGGCAAACAAUAUGUGCAAGAUUAUGAUGAGUAUGACAGAGUUCACCAGAGGAUGCGGUCCACUGAAGACAACGAUGGAUGUCAUUCGGGCGGCUCAAGAAAUCUCAUUGAAUGGUUCUAAACUGAAUGUGUUGGCCAAGCAGAUUUCAGAUGCAAGUGUAGAUUCGAGAACGAAAGAAGACUUGCUUUCAUAUUUACCAAAGAUCACUUUGUAUUGCCAACAAUUGAAUAUUUGUAGUAAGGUGAAAGCUGAUAUAACCCAAAUUGGAAAUGAGAUGGUUGUUUCUGCAUUGGAUUCGGCCAUGUCUCUCAUUCAAACUGCUCGAAAUCUUCUGGAUACUGUUGUUCAGACAGUCAAAGCCGCAUAUAUUGCCAGUACUAAGAUCGGACGUAAGCUGAACAUCGAAUGGCGAAUGGCUCCUCCAAAGAAGCAGCCACUAGUUCGACCACAGAAAAACAGUGCUAUCAUUAGACGGGCAUCCGAACGAAGACCUCUGCAACCAGCCAAAGUGCUCGCCGAAUUUACGCGUAACGAUAUCGAAUCGGGUGACUUUGAACUGAAUAACCAGAAACGAAGAGUUAACGGUUAUUCCUAA